AUGGAGUGGCAAUUCCUGGGCGUGGCUCUUUGCCUCGGCUUGGUGCCCACGGCCUCCGCGGACUGUGCCGCCGAGUGUUCCUCUUGCACGCUGCACGGCCGGGAGCUAGAGAAGCCCGUCAACCCCUUAGUAUGUUCCCUGGAAUGCGAGGGCUCUUUGCUGUCGACCGGAGAGUGGGAGGCCUGCAAGAAAGCUCUGAACGGCUUGGCCCCUUUCCUGAUGGACGAGCCGUUCAAGAGACCAUCCCAGGGGGGCGAAGAGGAGCUGUCCAAUCCGGGGGGAAGCCCCAGAUCUCGGGAGCUUCACCCCGGGCUGAUCAAACGCUACGGUGGCUUCAUGAAGAAGCUGGACAAGAGCAAGAUCUUCUCGCUGCUGCACGAGAAUGGCCAUGCCAAGGGCAUCAGCAAGAAGUACGGCGGGUUCUUCCGCAAGAUGGGAGAGAGGUCGGCUUCUGAGCUGGGCGAAGAGGAGGAUUACCUGGGGGGCCUGGAGACCGGAGAGAUGGGCUAUCCUGGGGACGAGUCCGACGUGGGAUCUCUGAAGGAGGAGAUGAAACGGUACGGGGGCUUCCUCCGCAAAUACCCCAAGAGAGGUUCGGGAGGGCCAGCGGCCGAGGAGGACGGACUGGCUCUGGAAGACCUGCACAAACGCUACGGCGGCUUCUUGCGCAGGAUCCGGCCCAAGCUCAAGUGGGACAAUCAGAAGCGCUACGGCGGGUUCCUGCGACGUCAGUUCAAGGUGGCCACGAGGUCAGAGGAGGAGCCCAGCGCUUAUUCAGGGGAGGUCUCUGACCUAUAGGUCCCACCUGCCAUAAAAACCGAGUCAUCCUCCCAUCAGAAACAUUUCAAAGAACGGACUGCGUGGAUCUUCUGGACCUUGAAACCCCGACUGCAAAACCCUGGAACUCAGCCAAGCAGAUACAACCUGCAAAUCCGUUAGUGGAGGGAACAGAUUGGAAACUGUGGAGCACCUUGAUUGGGGGAGGGGGAGGGGGCGGAACCAGGCGUUUUUAGGUUUGGUGGGACCUGAGAUGUACCCCUCUGGAUUCACCCUCUCUAAAAGGGGUCCCCAAACCUUCUAAGCCUACGAGAGCCUUCGGACUUCUGACACAGCGUGGUGGGCGCAGCUGCAAAAUGGCUGCCACGGGAGGCGGAGCCAGCCACAAAAUGGCCGCUGUGGCUUACCUUCAGUCACCCAGCGAUUCUCCUUGUGCUGUGUUAGCAGCUGCUGCCAUCUUGAAAAAUUGACACAGCCAAUCAAACUUCCAAUCCAAAUUUCCAGGUAGGCAACAGCUCACCUGGUCUCCCUCGCUUUAUAAAAAACAUCAGGGGAUGGGAAACAAUAAACAUGUCAGCCAGUUCAGUGGUGCCCAUGGAUACCACGUUGGGGACCCUUGCUCUAGAUAGUAACAAUCCUCUUAGGGGAUCAAGGUAGCUAAUACGUUUUCCCAGAGUGCUAACAAGGGCGUGAUGGAAGAAUAAUUGUCUGUGAUGAAUAUGUUCACCCCUUAUCGCUUUUAGAGUGUCUUCCCCGUUUAUGAGUAUUGUUCCCUUUAGGUGUAGAUAACGUUUUUUGAAACACGCAGCUACAACUGUAAAGUGUUACCAUGAUAAACGGGUGAUUUAUCGUCUGUGAAAUCGCUACGCAAACUUCCAGUCCCCACGUAGCAGCGGUGAUGUUUGUACAGCAAAAGCGAUCCUUGCCCUCUCAAUAGCUGGUUUUAUUCUGCAGUUCAAGACCGGCAUACGCAAUUAAAACUCUGCUUAGAAUUGUCAGCCCCAAAGAUAAAAUAGCUAUAAGAUAAAAUACAGCUAAAACAAUAAAAUGUGGUUUCC